GGAGGGACCUGGACUUCUUGCUUGGGGUCUCGAAGCGGCGGCUGGACCUGCUGAAGGUGGGGAAGGUGGGUGGCGGGGAGGGGGGGGUGGAGGAAAAUUGCAUUGCUGGUGGUGUUUUGGUUUUGGCUGGAAGGCAGUACCCACGCGAGACCGCUCCGGCCACCGCUCACCGCAGGGGAAAGUGGAGCCUGGGGUUUUUCACCCGCUCCCCAUCGCUCCGGAUUUUGGCCGGGGACCCGGCUGGGGUUUGGGGGGGCCCAUCACGAGAUGUACCAGAGUUUAGCCAUGGCAGCUAACCCCGGCCCUCCGGCGUACGAGGGGGCAGGUGGCUUCAUGCACAGCGCGGCCGCAGCGUCCCCCGUCUAUGUGCCCACCACGAGGGUCACCUCCAUGCUCCCCAGCCUGCCUUACCUCCAGAGCAGCGGCUCUUCCCAGCAAGGCAGCCCCGUCUCCAGCCACUCCAUCUGGACUCAACCCGGAGCCGAAAGCGCCGCUUACAACCCUGGAUCUUCUCACCCUCCCGUGUCACCUCGGUUCUCCUUCUCCACCAGCACCCCCAUCCCUGCCACCUCUUCCCGGGAAGCCGCGGCGGCUUACAGCAGCUCCUUGAACCUUUCUGCUAACGGGAGGGAGCAGUACAGCAGGGGUUUCGGCAGCUCCUAUUCCAGCCCUUAUCCGGCUUAUAUGAGCCCCGAAAUGGCCACGACUUGGACUUCUUCACCCUUCGACAGCCCCAUGCUGCACAACCUGCAGAGCCGAGGGACGCCCGCAGCCGCCCGGCACGCCAAUAUAGCAGAAUUUUUUGAUGAUUAUUCAGAGGGGCGAGAAUGUGUCAACUGUGGGGCCAUGUCCACCCCACUCUGGAGGAGAGAUGGCACGGGGCACUACCUCUGCAAUGCCUGCGGGCUCUACCACAAGAUGAAUGGCAUCAACCGGCCCUUGUUCAAACCUCAGAGGAGGCUGUCGGCUUCCCGCCGUGUCGGUCUCUCUUGUGCCAACUGCCACACAACGACAACCACGCUCUGGCGCAGAAACGCCGAGGGAGAGCCCGUCUGCAACGCCUGCGGACUCUACAUGAAGCUCCAUGGGGUUCCAAGGCCUUUAGCAAUGAGAAAAGAGGGGAUUCAGACGAGGAAGCGCAAGCCGAAGAACCUUAACAAAACAAAGGCACCAGCAGGUCCAUCCAGCAGCGAGAGUCUUACCCCGACCACCAGCUCCACCAGCAGCAGCAGCAGCGCCACGACCACUGAGGAAAUGCGCCCCAUAAAAACAGAACCUGGGCUCUCAUCUCAUUACGGGCACCACAGCCCAAUUUCUCAGGCAUUCUCAGUCUCUGCCAUGUCUGGACAUGGAUCAUCUAUUCACCCUGCGAUUUCAGCUCUGAAGCUUUCCCCGCAGGCUUACCAGUCAGCUAUCAGCCAGUCUCCACAAACCAGCUCCAAACAGGACUCCUGGAACAGCCUGGUCUUAGCUGAAAACCACGGGGACAUCAUAACUGCAUAACCUGGUCUUCCACCCAUGGACUUCAGGCUGAUCUGCUUGAGAGAUGAAGAAGACGCCACGUAAUCAUCAAGUCAAUGUUGUUUCCCACCUCCCCUGCUCUCCCUCCUUCUCUCCCCUUGUGAGAUGUUCCAGCAAAGAGGUAAAAAGGACUUAUGUGAGGUGUAGGAGAGCUCUUAUGAAAUGAACAGAGAAGACUCAAAUCUCAAAGUAGCUAAUGGAUUUGAGGCCUUUUCCCCGCCUUUAAGCAAGCCUUUCUAUUUGAUUAUCACCACCUUCUAUGAAAUAGCCAGAAACACAAAGAUGGACACAGUUCUUGAAUUUUGUUUAUUUAAAAACAUCCGGCAUUUAAGACUCAGAUGAUGGUGGAGCAGAGACACUUUUUUCUUCUGUCACCAUCUGUUCUUUUUCUGACCAGAAGAAAAUGCCACCACCUUCUCAUUACCCAAAUUCAGUGAUCUUCCACCAAAUGGAGCCAGUUCCAGAACAGUUUGUUGAACAGACUUCACUAGACAUGCUGUGGUGGCUUUAGUGCAUUUGAUAUGAUCUAGGGCAGAGAAAAAAAAGAGACCCUCCCCCCCACAUCCUCAGCUUACACAUCUAGAGUACUGUCUUCAUUUUCCUAGAUGGUCUGAAAACCUAACGAAUGUCCAUAUUUAACUCCUUUCCUAUUUAUCAUUGCAAAGUCAUGGAACUGUGUUAGCAAAAGGUUGUUGGCUGAGCCUGGAGAAGGUCUGUCCAAAGUCAAAGGGGUAUUUUGGAAGGAGGAACCUUCUGGAAGCAGGUAGAGGAGACCCACACUGGCCAUCAAAUCCUGGAGGAGAUUGCUGGGCUCUUCUCUUAUGGAUAGCUACAAGCCAGGCUUAGAGAUUAUUCAAGAGCACAGCAAGUGAACGAUGCUCUUCUAAUGCUGCUGUGCCAUGGCUUUUGAGACAGUUAAUUUAAUUAUUUUGCAUACAUUUCUGUUGGUUUUGAUGUCAUUGAUGAAAUUUGAUUGUCAUUUAUUUUUGGCUGUAUUGUGAGUGCCUACUUUCCCCCUAACAGCUGGCUCAUGACCAUUUCACACAUCUAACCCUUUAGGAUUUCACCUUUUGCAAUAAGUAAAGGCUUCAGCCUCUAAUGGAGGUAGGCAGGGGCUGUUUUCUUUACCAAGUAUGUGCAUAGACUUGCUUGCUUGCAACAGAAGCAUAGCUCCAUCCAUGCACAAGUGUUAAAACAAGACUCAUGGUUUUUCUUGCCCAUAAGGCUCUCAGCAACCAGGGAAUUCUAGAAAAUGGGGUUGGAAGAGAUGCUGAGAGCUCACUGACUCAUUCCCUUUUCCCAAAGGGACCGACUCUACCUAACCUCGCCCUGACUGCUCUUUCUCUAGCAUGUGCUUAACAAACUCCAGCAUCGCAGAUGCCAUAGCUCCCCUGUGCCAUCUAAGUGCUUCAUCAGAUGUUUGCCAUGACAUUUUCAUCAACAUUUCUGAGGAGGGACAGCUUUGCCUGUCCAGGCAGAGAAUUUCUGGGAGACCUCGUCCUGCAAGAUUCUCCACUCUUGUUUCUGUCCACUCCCAAACUCUGUUACUCUUCUUGCCUUCCCAGCUCCUUUCUUUCCUCCCUGCAUCCAGAACUCAAGUACGGAACUACCAAGUAAAAAUCUAGAAGAGGGACUGUGCAUCCCCCUGCCAAAUGUGCUAUCAUCCAUCUCCCACUAUUUAACAUUCCUACAAAGAGUGUUUCCAACCAAAUACUGAGGUACAUGGCUUGGUGAAGAGGAAAGCCACAUACAUGGUUGAAGCAAAAGAAUGGCAUUGUAUUGUUUUUGUUUGAACUCACCAUUUUCCUCCUGAUGGUAGAAAAGCUUCUUUAAGGAGAAGGAUUCAACUGGACUGGUCGUGAUAAAGACUGGGACUGGAGUCACAGACACCUGUACCCUUCCACAUUCUCUGUGCUCUGUGUAACUCAGAUUUGCAGGUUUUGGAGGGGUGACAGAGCCUCUGCACUCCCCAGAGAAAAACACGAUGGCAGUGAUGCCAUGGGGAUGGCUGGAUGGUGUUUGCACUAGAGUUUGUACUCUGUCUUGCUGAGCUAAUGCAGGGUCUAGCCUCAUUAGUGUUAAUUACAAACAAAAAAAAGACAUUCAUGAAACAUGAAUAAAAAUAAAUGAAAUUCUGUGAUUUUA